UAACUCCAUUAGAAGUUGGAGUGAUGACUUGAUGAGAAAUAGUUAAUACUAAGAAUCAAAAACAUAACUGAAAUAUUUAAUAAGAAUCAUGAUAAAAAAACUGUCGAGUGUUAUUGUGCUGUGCUUCGUCUACGGAGUGACGUCUCAAGCUCCCGGUGACAGCUGUUUCCAAGAUGGCGUACCCGGCGUGUGCAAAACACUCCGUGACUGUCAAGCCGUGACAGAUAACCCCAAGAGCCAGUGGUGGAAACUACCCAGAUGCGGUUUCGAAGGCUUCGAAGUAAUAAUUUGCUGCGUGGAGAAACCCACCACCACGUCUGCGAGACCCGUUGCUACCACGCCUCGCCCUGGGACAACAACGACUGAAUUCUUCGUGCCAGUGUACGACUAUAGUCCCAACACGCCUAUAGUUGAUAGCUGUGCUGCUGUGGAACCAGAUCGGACUGCCGCGAAGACCGGACGGAAAGCUUGGGAUAAAUGCAUCGACUACCAACAUCAACUAGUCUAUCCCUGCGAGCAAACAGCUCUGUCAGGCAGCAUGGGCCGCGCCAAUCGCUGCAACCACAAUGUUGACGAGCUGAUUGUGGGCGGCACCAACGCCAAGAGAACAGAGUUCCCUCACAUGGUGCUGCUUGGCUACGGGCAGUCGAAUGGCACAGCGGUGUGGCAGUGCGGCGGGACACUGCUCAGCGACCGGUUCAUUCUUACGGCGGGGCACUGUACUUCAGCCAGAGAUCUGGGUCCAGUGGCCUACGCCAUCACCGGUACUCUUAAACGGACUGACGACGUGUCCGCCUCUCAAGUGCACAGAAUUAGACGAAUCAUCAAACACCCGCAGUAUAAGCCGCCUUCAAAAUACCAUGACAUUGCUCUGCUAGAGGUUGAAGACCCGAUCAAACUCGACUUCACCACGGUACCAGCGUGUCUAGAUGUCUUUGACGGAGACCAUUCCAAAGCUGUAGCUACUGGCUGGGGCGCUACCACUUGGAUGGGAAGCAAUGCUGACUAUUUGCAGAAGGUGACACUGGACAAGUUCAAAGAUGAAGAGUGCAGCGCCAAGUUCCGUCCCAGCCGGAACGUCGUGAAAGGCUUUGACCCGGACACGCAGGUCUGCUACGGCGACUACACGCAGGCCAAGGACACUUGUCAGGGCGACAGCGGCGGUCCGCUGACCAUCCAGAACCGUCAGGUUCACUGCAUGUACACCGUCAUAGGCAUCACGUCGUUCGGGAAGGGCUGCGGUAACAUUGGAGACCCGGGGAUCUACACGAAAGUGUCUCACUACGCCGACUGGAUCGAGAGCAUAGUCUUCGCUUAGUUUAAUUGUUAUAAAUGGCCAUUUUCGCAUAAAAGUGUACCAUAUACUUGUUUUCGAAAAUCCUACACCUUUUGGGUUAUUUCUACUCAAAAUCCUCCUCCUCAAAGUCCUCCUGGGACUAUCGAUUUAAAAAGAAAAAAAUGUGUCCCAAAAAAUUAGUUUUGUAACGCAUUUUCACAUACAUUUUGUAUGGGCCGUUACAAAACUGACACCUAAAAUUUGUAUGAAAAACUGGGGACACUUUUUUUCUUUGUCUCAUUUAAUAGUAACUCAUGAUUCUGAGUUUAAAUAACCCAAAAGUUGAUGGUUUUUCGAAAAAAAGUAAUUUGUACUGUUUUUUCUGAAAACCCCCAAAUAUACAAUGUGGAAUUUGGACCACCGUCCAGCAUACUCUGCGUAGUGACUUAAUAGGUCAUACUGAACAACUUUUGUUAUGGGACCAAUACCGAUAUAGCGUAAAAAAUUUGGCUGUCCCAUAGAAAUCA